AUGCCGGUAGAGCAUCCUCUCCUCCAGAAGGUAGAUACCGCUUCUGGGUAUGUCUACUGGUUUAGAGAGGAGAAUGAGCAAUGGCCGGGAAUGGCGACAAGCAUUCGCAUAAAACCGGAGACGGUUGGCAAAAAGCAGUCUAAGUUCCAAGAAAUUAUAUGGGGUGAAUCUACGGAGCAUGGGAGAGUCUUGAUCUUGGACGGCUGUAUACAGUGCGUUGAGAAUGAUGAACACGCCUAUCAAGAGAUGAUUACAAACCUGGCCAUGAUGUCUCAUCCAAAUCCACGGAAAGUCCUCGUCGUCGGUGGCGGAGACGGUGGAGUGCUUCGAGAGAUUUUCAAGCACCCCAGCGUUGAGCAGGCAGACCUUUGCGAGAUAGACGAGGACGUCAUCAAAAUAUCGCGAGAAUGUCUACCAGGCAUGGCUGCAGGUCUUGACAAUCCGAAAGCGAAUGUGUUCAUUGACAAUGGCAUGGAGUUUGUGAAGAGAAAGAAGAACGAGUAUGAUGUAAUCAUAACAGACAGUAGCGAUCCAGUGGGCCCUGCCAAAGCAUUGUUCGAAGCGCCGUACUUUCAGGAUCUGUACAAUGCCCUCACAGAAGGCGGGGUUAUUUCUAGUCAAGGUUCUGAGAGCUUUUGGAACAACCUUGAAUUCGUGGAGGACUUGAAGAAGACCUGCAAGCAGAUUUUUCCGGUUGUCGAAUGGGGAUGGGCUAACACGCCGACCUAUCCCUCAGGCUCGAUUGGCUUCCUCAUCGCCACCAAAGACCCUUCGAGGGACGUGAAGCAUCCAGUACGAAGUUGGACCGCGCAAGAGGAAGAGAAGUAUCUCAAAUACUACAACAAAGAUAUCCAUUCAGCCUCUCAGGCAGGCCUGAGCUGCACGUACGAUGCCAUACCGCAGAAGAAGGGGCCUAAAGGCUCCCGGGCCAAGGUCAUCUCGGAGCUCAGAGAAACACAAAAGCAGACUGAAAUCAAGAACGGUGGAUACACAAUUCGAAGCCCUCCUGGGUCUCCCUCCUAUACCCCCAGUCCCGGCAUCCUGACUCCCGACCUCAUCGAUGCCUGUGCCGAUUUCUUCUUCGCUCAUAUGUAUCAUACUACUCCGAUACUGGAUCAGGAUCAAUUCCGCAGCAUUGUCAGAGGCAUAGACCAGUCGAUAGAGGGUUAUUGCCUCGUGGCAGCCCUUUGCGCCUUUAUGCUCAUCCAACCCGGCAUUGCCUUACAUUUCCACUCACUAAUGGAAGAGCCUAGCGGCUCAGUCACCAACCCUAAGAUGGGUGCGGCCUUGAUGGAAGAGUGCAGGCGAGUGAGAAAUGCGAUUCGGUACAAGGAGAAUCCCACGAUACACACAAUUAUCACCUCGUUCUUCUUGUUUGGUUGCUGCUUUGGUUUGAACAAACACAAUAUUGGUUGGCAUGAUCUUCGGGAGGCAACCGCGCUAGCACACAAUUUGGAUAUGCAGGAUGAAAGCACGUACCACCAAUACGGUGAUGCUGCGGAAAGUGCACGCAACAGGCGACUGUUUUGGUUGCUCUUUGUCACCGAAAGAGCAUAUGCUUUGCAGAAGCACAAACCACUCGAUCUUCAUGCCACAAUCGACCUUCCAACCAUCGGACGGGAUGGUUCAUCGUCAAUAGCUGGCUUCAUUUACCUGGUGAAACUCUACCGCCCAUUCGACGACACAUUCAUUGGUUUGUGGAAUAAAACAAGGAACGACUGCUCUGCAUCUUGGAUUGCGCAACUCCAGCAGCAACUGACGAACGCUCUGCCCGAUGUUCUAGAUACGACUGAAAGUCAAGCAGCAGACCUACGGACGUCGCAGCAGUGGCUUCGGACCAUGGUAUGGCAGCUCUCUAUCACGAAUGGCUUCCUAUCUUCGACAUCACAGGAUGCCUCAAUGACAUUUAAAUAUCCGAUCGAAAUAGCCCGAGACUUGGUUGAUGAUACUAGCCGAUUGUCCGUGCAGUCAAUGGAGGUACAUGGCAAAGGGCUGAUAUUCGAUGUCGCAUGCACUUUGGUUGACGUCAUGUCCUGUGUCCCAAACCUUCCUUCUGAUGGUGCAGGCUCACAACAUUAUCUCCACCAACUACUGAGCCUCAUUUCGACGCUUCGUGGCGGCGAAGGGCGUUUCUUGCCCCUUAUAAUAGCAAAGAUCCGAGACAGUCUACCCGCUAUUGCUACUCAGCUGCCACCUGCUUUGGUUAGCAGAGCAGCAGUCGGAAUUGGCGUGGGUGGCCCUGCAUUUGGACAGCUUGGAGCCAUUCAAGGGCUCGCCCAGAUGACGGGAUAUAAUGGCCUCUCGGGGGCAGUGAUGAAAGGGAUCAACACAACAAUGGGAGGGGAAGUAUACAUCAAGCAAGAGACUUCGAGCAAUAGUAGUGGGACUCUCAGCGCUGCUGUCAGCGAUGGGGGAGUCCUUACAGCACGCCGCCUUUCAUGCACUAUUAUCCUUUGGCAUGAAGGUUGA